AUGUCGACGCUUUGUCAAGCUUUACUCAUCUUUCUCGCUGAGGUGGACAAAGUUCCAUUUUUACCAUUUUUGAAUGGACUCCAGUUUCAUCGUCUGAAGAGGCUCAUUUGAAGUGUUUUUACCUUUUUUAGGUGUACAUGCUUUGCCUAAAUGACAUUGGAACCGCUGGUAAGUUAAACCUGUUUCAUUUCCUUCUAAGUUAAGUAAGCCGAGUAAAUGACUUCAACGCCUGACACAGUAUCGGAUGAUAAUUUCUUAGCGACAGUUUGUGAUUCAUCGAUGACUUGCCUUAAAUACGUGAUUCUUGUGAAAACUGGUAGGAAGACUAUGAAUCUAACAAAAAUAUUGUCCUUGAGGGUGCUGUAGGAAUAGCAGUUCAGCAUAUGAAUAUCAUGUUCGAAACUUACCCUUAGUGCCCGUCUGUAUCAGCGAGGAAAAGGUGGCCAUAGAGGGCACAGCAUAAACAAAAUUAGUUUCUACGUUGCUUCGUCGGUGGUCAUCUCAAAUUAAACCUGACCCGGUUGAUGCUUCAGUUCUCUCUGUAUAACAUAUAACGGUAAGUUAUAAGAAACGUCACCUUCACCUGACAUUACUUCAACUGAUCGAGGAGCGUUAGGCUAAGGAAUCUUGACCACUGUUAGCAGUAUAAUCACUGGCUAUUGUCAGAUUUUGGCUAGGAUAUUAAUAGUUGAAAUUGAACUGAGCACUGGGAAUCGAUAUUCAAUUUAAACUUUGGAAAACAGUGUUUUCUGUCGCUAGGAGGUUGCCACGCAAAAACGUCUGGACAGCGAGUACGGAGAAAAUUGACUGUUACGACAUUAACGGUAUUAACAAAAAUGGAGAUGAAACUCUUCCAUGAAAAUCACACAUAAAUGACUUCCUGAGAUGCAGAAAAAAAAAACGAGUAAAAUGAAACCUCAGCUGAUAAGAUUUGUUAAAUGAAUGUUUUUCGGCAAAAGCUCGAGGAGUAAGGAAUCUGAGGCUUUCUUCAUUUUCUUUCCCAGUUUUUUUUUAUCCAAAAUGUAAUGAUAUUUAAGUAAAGAACUGUACUCGUGGUAAGCGUUGCGGUUUUCUUUUAUAAUCCGGAUGAAGACGAUAAUAUGGAUUUAAUUAGCGGAAGGAAAAAUAAAUACAUUGUUAUCUAGUUAGUCCUUUUAACUCUAUAUUUUUUAUUUUACUCUGUUUUUAAAUUAUUAUUUCCAAGCUUCAAAUGACAUUAUACUUAUGUUUGAAAAGUUAUUUUACAAGGGUUUUUGUAAAUUCGGUAUGUGAAAUACUUGCGAAAUUGUCCGAACACUUGUGACUGGGAAGGCGUAUUCCUACUGGAUGACCGCCUAAGCUUCCCAACAUCCGGUUUAAAGCCAAAUAAUAGUCGUAUACUGUAUAUUAAAUGCUGGUUGAUAGAGAUUGUCUUGUAGUUUCAAGUUUAGUAUUAUUCUUAUCCACCUGGUAAAAGCGCGAGUUCACCAUCGUCCGUUUAUGUAGCCGGUAUUGCAUUUUGCAGCAGUUUGAUGGUGUUCAUGUUUAUCUUCAAUGGUAAAAAAAGCCACAAAUUUGGCGAUUUGAAAGGCUACGUCUAGAGCCCAGUCUCUAACUCAAACAGAGUAUGGAAAACCUGUGGCAAAACCUAUCACUGAAAUACCAGCCGCUUUAUCUUGAUAAUUUGCACUGGGGCAAGUUUCCAAAGCUACAUGUUCAUACCCUUACUUUUGUUUCCUAAUACUUAAAGCUUGUCUUUUGCAGAUGCUUUCCUUUGCCAUGGAGGAGGUUCAUAUUUUCCAGACCCAAAUGAUUGCAGAAAGUUUUACUACUGUCAUGGAAAAACAGCUUACCAUCACACGUGCCCAUCUCAUAGGCCACUUUUCAAUGCAACUUUACAAGAUUGUAUCAACGCUACAGGUGCGAGUUCUAUUACACUUAAAAUUUGUCCUAUAAAAAGUAUAAAAAUAUAGCUCCAAACUGACCCCUAAGACUUUCAAGGAGUCAGCCAAAAUUUGACAGCAUUUUCUGAGCCCCGCAGCUGUUAAGCAAACCUUUUCAUCGGAGGUCAGUCUUUUUGAAACUUUGCACCAACGAGACCUAAAUGUUCAUUACCCCCUUUGUUUACUGAUCAACUCUCACUUAAUGGAUAACCGUAUUGAGACCGUCAGCUCCCAAACGGACACCCAUGUUGCGUACCAUUCAGGACUGGUAAAAUUCCGCUCUGAUAUUGCGUUAAGCCUAUAUGCAGCAAAUCAGUCCCUUCUACAGAAAAACAAGUCUCGAAGGCCUGAAUCUGGUCUCAAAGAUGGAUUGUAACAAAAUGGAACACGAAUUCUCAUUUGGAAUAUUCCGUCCGGAAAAAUAGGAGUACACUUUUCAGACGUUCUGUUGUUCCCUGAAAAGUGGUGUUUCAUACUUUACAACAGGAGUUUUCGUGAACUUUCCAUCCAAGAGUUGGAAAAAACAUGCAUGGUCUUCAUCCAAUUACUCAUUUACGAAACUUUGGUCAUACCCUUUAAAUUUGAGAAGGAGUGCCUUUGAGCUCAGUAUUUACAAGGAAAACUGUUAGUAAUGAAUGUAUUGGUCAAUAUGAACAGUGUGUAUUACUGAUCAGCUUUCCCUUACAUUGUGGAUUCUUGAUACGUCAUAAAAUUUUCCUAACGUUGAACUGGGAAACUUCAGUUGCUUAAAGAGUCCCAUUCCGAAUAGGGAGGAAAUACGUAAUGUUACUUAAGAACAUUGAAAGAACAAUUAUACGCUCAUGUGGCAAAAAAAGCAAGAUGCCAAUUCACGCAGUUUCCCCAUAAUCAAGAAAGCUGUGAACUUCACGUUGGUCUAGCAAUAGGCCUUAUUACGUGUUCUCGUCAGUCGAUGUCAGUGCAGUGCACUUUUAAGUUACUUUUAAUUCAAGGUUAGAUUUAUUGCUUGUUUUGUGACAUGCAUCAUUUUUUUUCUUUUUCUUUUCUGCAGUUUUUUGUUCCGCUACAGUAAGACCGUCUCCGACACCGUCUCGACAAAGUGGUGGGUUGAGCCCCAGUGUUAAAAUGUCACCAUCGUCAACUGUCAGUAUCUAUUACACUCGAUACACUCCUUUGUCAACUCAAGUGGGAUCAUUGCUCUCAACAUCGACUGUUUCUGGUAAGAAAAUCUAAUGUAUUGAAUAAUCGAUUAUUUUCAAAUUACAAUCAAAUAUGUCCCCAAAUAGUUUUUCAAAUUAAUCUCCGGAUUUCUUUUGUAUCGUCAAGCUUUUUGUUAGAAUUUCCACAAAACUAAUCAGCCAACUCACAAUUUCGAUCUGUCAAUAAAGUGUCGCUAUAAAUAGUAUUAGUUGGAUAUCCAACCGAUAAAGAGUCACGCCGUGCCAAGUUUUUUUCAAUGCCCCCUUCCGACUGAAUCAAGAUUCAAUUUCUUUUCAAUUAUUUGCCGACUGUCUGCCCGCACCACUUCCUGAAAUUUAAUGGCACAAGUGAGAGACUGUUUUACCCUCAAAUUUUUUUGUUUUUCUUUCCUUCAGUUUCCACAACUUUGAAGCCACCUGUCCAUCAGAUUAUUUGUAGGUCAAUGCCUUUGGAAAAAAGGGUAGGCGAAACUAAUCUGUAACGGCGCCACGGUCGUUUUCAUUUUAACGGCACUUAAAAAUGGCACACUGAAAGUUCUUCAGUCUUCCGUAACAGUAAUAUCUUUAAUCGGUGACCCAAGCCCUUUCCCCACGUUUUUUUAACGUUUAUACCACUACAUGAGAAAUUUCUACAAUUUAAUUGGCUUAGAGCAGUGGUAUUUCAGCUUAAUUUGAAAUACAUACAUUUGAAAAUUACAAACCUUUUGCGGGUAGUGGUAUAAACAAAUAAUAGCAUAAUUUGUACGUGAUAUUUGUUAUAAAUACCACUCGUGAUAUUUCAAAAUUGUAUCAAAUUUCACUCGCUUAUCAGCUCGUGAAAUUACGUAUUUUUGCCACAUAUAACUACUAAUCAUGAUAUUACCUAUACUAAUUCAACUUGGGCUUAAAGGGGCUGUGUCGGCACGGCUGGCUAAUUAGGUUAUCCUGCCAAUAGCCCACGUUCGAUAUAUUAACAUUGUAAUAUGUCCUCCGAAGCUUUCUGGUCAUUCUUCAAUAUUUGGUUUAGUUUUCUUUGUGCUCAAGUCUCUUCUGGGAAUUUCGAGACAAUGGAGUCCUUAAAAAUUUGCAAUUUUGACCUUAAAGCAAUGAAGUCAUGUUAAAAUUUUAAUAUAUCGAACAUGGGCUAUUACUCGUCGUUAUUCGCGAUGGAACUUAAAAAAACAAAUAAUAAUAAAAAAAUAGAAAUAAAUUGUGAAUUACAAAAUCACAGCUUUGCUUCGAACAGGUAUGUCUCUCAAGCAUUAUAUCAAACGCUACAAACAAGAACUGAAUGUACUUUGAAGAAUUGUUAGGCUAGCAAGUUUUCGCAAACCGCGAUUGCAAACCGUUCCAAUCUUCUUCAUGUUUGUUCAUCAUUGCCUCCCUUUGUAUUUUUUGUGUUAUACGUUUCGAGUUGUUAUUUUUAUGUUACACUCAAUUUAGUGGCAGUUCCCAGUGAUUGAAUUUUGAUAAAUUUCGUGACACAGUUUCUUUAAUUCAACAAAAUCCAUGUUAAAUUAAUCCAAGGUUAUUUGCUCCAUCCUUAAAAAAAUAGUCAGUUUGGUGCUUUCCUAUUUCACUAAAGAACUAUUUCGAUGUUUCACUCAAUUGCAGUAUAAUUUAAGUUGCCAAGUAUCUAAAAUGAUAUUUAUCGGCAAUUUUUUAAUUACUGUGGCGAUGUUUCUAGUUGCGUUGCAAGCAAUAAUUAAACUAAAUAUUUUAAAUUUUGUCACUACUCUAGCCUGAGAAAACAGCCGACAUUUCCUGACGCCUCCACUUGUUUCCCCGCGAAAUGACGACGCGUCACUAUGCUCCCACGCAGGCGUUCUUAGGGAAGCUCGUUUUUCAUCCCACCCCUGGGGAGGGAUGAAAGACGAGCUCCCCUAAAAAUGCCUGCGUGGGAGGCUAGUCACUAUCCAGAUCUGGGAAGCGCUCUGGGGCGCUUUCCAUUCAAGAAAAAUUUCGGUUUGAAAUUUUGGAAACUUCACGUGCUGUACUUUCCGGUUCCAGAGACCCGACCCCAAGGCACCCGCGCGUUUUGUUAUUAGGCAGUUAGCAACCGAACGGGAACGUCAGUUGACGACGGUGCGCGCAAAUCAAACAAUUGGCUUGACCAAUGGCACAGCGGCAAAUUAAGCAUCGGAAGUCGAGUUUAGUCCUUACCGCGCGCUUUCCCGUCGUCAAGUGACGUUCCCGUUCUGUUGCUAAAUCAGCCUAUUGUGGCUUCGCAGCAGACUCAAAAUUACACUCUAAAAGAGAAAAGUAAACACUGUCAGUUUAUAUCCUAAAGAACACUCGACUGUCGAAAAGGGUCGGUGGAAAACUUAAGGCGGAGGAAUCCUAUUUCGUGUAGAAAGCCACAUUUUUGCAAGCGAAGAGUAUGAAUGGGCCAAAUGGGCUAACAGAUGCAUUUUAAGGUUGUGGAAGAGUCGAGAAAACGUUGUGGUUUUGUGAUUUAUUAAAUAUUCAUAUUUUAAAGACAGUACAUUUACAGCAGGUUAAAGUGAUGCAAAACUCUAAACUAGGUAUGUGAAGGCACACGAAAGGGGUACCUUUUCUCUCAAAAAUGGUAUAUAAAAGGGUAAUGGACUGAACCUCAGGGCAGUGCCUCCCCUUAUAAACGUUUGUUGAGUACUCCUCCCCCGUUUGCCAAUAGUGGAUCCAAGGCAUAAUAAUUAGAGGAAUUUUUAUAGUGACCUAUAAUUUUACUCCAACAAUCUACUCCCUGCACAUUUUAUUUUCUCGUGUAGCAUUAUGAAUAAAUGUUACUGGAUUUCAAAUUAAGAAGAUACAAUUACAAAUAAAAAGUAUUAUGGAAUGUGUUCGUUCUUCUAACGGCCCAAAAUAUUAUAUGAUGAGCAACCUGUCAGCGGGUUUCUAGGUUUCCAGCCUAGUCCUUGCUUUUAGUAAGGUUUCUUGUGUAAAAUAUUCAUUUUAAUCCUUUUAUAUUUUUCUCACAGUUCACUUGUUUCAAAAAUGAGGCUAACAUUUCCAGGGAGAGACUGAAAAAUGGCACUUCAACCAUGGUGAUACGGGAAAUAUUAAAGGUAAGAGAAUUUGAAAGUCAUUAAUCCAGUUUUGGCCUCCGGUAUCAUAACUUGACGCAUUGCGACUAAGUUAUUACCCCAAUUGGGAGUUGAACUGUUUAGUUGUAAGUUGUGAGGAAAUAAGUUUUGAAUGAUGAAUAACUGACUAAAGAACGAACAAAUCAUGAAUGAUCAGCAGCAUGGAUGAGGCUUGUAUGAUUGAAGCGGACGACAACCUCCGGACAUACUUCUUCAUAUGGUACGAACGCCGAGUCCGAAAACUUUUAUAUAGUUUAUUAAGAAUAUUUCAAACUUGAUAACUCGCCUGUUCAUCGGCAUUGAUAACAGAUGUUAUUCAAAUGGCCCCUGACAGGCCGCAUCCUUCGAAUAGUAUCUUUGCUGUUAUUGCUUGGUGUGUUAUUGCUUGGCCGUGGUUCUGCAUGCAUUCCAUCUUUGCAAAAUAUGUGAAAUUGUCCGCCAUUUAACCCAGCUCUACCAAAACAGCUGAGUUACCACUGGAAAAACUGGAAAAUUCACAGAGAUCGCAAAAUGUCUAUAAAUCGUGAAUUUACAGACUUUUGAAAGAGUGCAAAUUUUCCCUACCUUUAGAUACUAUGGAAUACAAAAUGUCCCCCAGUGUAAAAUCAUUUUUGCAGACAUUUUACCCGGUUUUUAAUAUCUUUAUAUGUAGGAUGUUUAUAAAAUGGCUGUAAAUUUCAGCUUCGGAAAUACCGCGCCUUCUGCUGUCCCUUUUUCUUGCCGAUAUCUGUACAGUUGAUAUCAGUUGCACUAAUAUCGGCAAACAGUGGCUGCUUAAGAGAAAAAUAUUUUAGGAAGAUGUUAAAAAAACUUUGUUUAACACUAAGUUCUUUUAAGCACGCGUUUUUUUUAUCAUGCCUUUUCCUAGCCAACAGGAACGUUUACAGGCGUGUUUACCUCAGUCUUGAAAACGGAGUUAUUUACGAAGCGAUAUUUAAGCUAAUUAUGCAACUAAAAGUCAGUCUGAUCGAAGUAUUAAGUUGGGGAUAACGUGUACAAUUUCUCCAGAGAAGGCUAAUGAUAAAUCAUGUAUUUUAAAAACUUCUUCAUAGGCUACAGCUCAUGACGCCGAAGUCGUAAUUGAUGGUCUCGGUUCCCGUGAAAACAGUUCAACUGCAUUCAAUGCAUUUGAAGUAAUAGCAGUGCUAGAAGACGUUUGGAAGGAUGUCAUAAAAAGAUUAAAGAACCGCAACGAGACCAUACGAAUAACAACUGAGACCUUUGCGGGUAAGACCUUAUUGCAGCAAACAAGAUUAUCUAAUAUUAUUACUAUUGUCAGUAACAAAUUGACCUGAACUAACGCAUGAUUUGAUUUUUAAUAAGUGGAAAGAAAUUAAAAAGUAUCGGAAAUUGGAUAUGUAUAUGGGCUGUUUCCGCUUUUAAAUUUCCCGCGUGGAAUCAUUUCAAAAUAUAUAUAAUGUUUUUCGGUCCCACUCUUGUUAAGUUUCACAGCUCUUUUGUACGGAACAAUGGCAGCAACCAAGAAACGUCAGAUCAAUUUUAGGUUUCUGGGAAACUGCCCACCUACCCCUCCCUUAAGCUAACAUUAACACUUACUUCCUAUCUAGGGCAAAAUGUUAGCUUAGGGGAGGGGUAGGUGGGCAGCCGAAAGGUCAUAAUUAUUCAUAAUGUCAAGAGCCAUAAUGGGUCUUGAUGAUGUUAAGAAAUUCCCUUGUUUUCAACUAAACACUAUCUGUUUUCUCUUACUUCAAAUCCUUGAAUCGAAGGUAGUAAUUUUGAGCUCAUUCUCAAAAUCACAAAUGGUAAUGUAAUAAUAUUGUUAUUUUGUCAUGUGAAUAUAUGAUUUAUACGAUCUUUACCAUCAUCAAAUCAUAAUCGUACUGUCUUGUUUCGCUAAGAAUAGUCAUUGAAAUAAUGAGUUAACUGACUUGUCUUUUUUUCAUAUUCAGUGCUUGAAACUGCGAGAAUCAGUGGCGCUUAUGAAUUCCCAGGGCCAAUUGACCAGGCGUCUACAUACAUGGCUCUGCCGCAAAAGCUGCUUAGUGAGGACAAAUGUAAGUACAUGUGGACUGAAAUUCAAUAACGUUAGUUCCAGUUGAAAUUUUGGUGUUCACUCUUGAAACUGAUUCUCAGUUUCAAUUAUCUUUAUUAUCAGUUUGCAGGUACAUUUUCGCAUAUUAACAGUGAUUUGAACACAAAAGUCAAGAUAUCUGUCAUCUUUUUACGCCCGUAAGGAUUUUCGGGAUAAAAACAAAGUCACGUGGUUUCUCAGGAGACAAACAACUGAUAAAAGCUGCCACUACAAGUUAUCAACAGAACAACAACAGAAAGUGAAGAUCUUGCAAUUUUAAAAACGACAAUGGCAGACUAUGGGUGGAGGUGCAGUGACCUUUGUCUUGGCAAUAGCUUGUAUUGGAAGCCUUUACUUUUUCUUAAUGUUCUCUAAGAAACCACGUGCCAUUCCUCUUAUCCCCUCAAUCUUUGGGGGCGUUCACAAAAUGGGGGUAUCGAGAAUGAGGCCUAUAUCUAUCUGGAAGCAUUGGGUGUACAAAGAAUAUGUGUCAGGUAAUAAGGUUUACUAAAAACGAGGAAGUAUAAAAUCUUGACCUCUUACUUCCUGAAACUGUUUCUAAUCAUUAGAGAAAUAUGAAUUGAAUUCUAAAGGACUGUAUCAAAGUUCAGGAAAGAAAAAAAGAAAGUUGUUGUCUUCUGUUCCGUCCUCGAAAAAACGUGAAAUUUGGCACAUUUACGUUGUAGUUGUGCAGCGACGGCAAAUAAAUGUACAAACUACUGUACAACUGACCUCUUGACAGAGUGUUUGACAUAUUCUUUUUACAGACCCUUGCCGCACCUUUGGUGCUUUGUAUUGGAAUUUACACUCUGUGGUUCCUGUCCGAAUGUAAGUAUUAUCUUCCAGACAUAGAUCCACACUGGUUUCCACUAUUUUUGGAAAGCAUUAGUAUUUUUAAUAGAUUUUAAAGUUUAAAUUUGUAGAUUAUCCACGUACUAACUCUUCCAACCCCCUUACGCGCCUUCUUUUGUGGCGCAGUUGUUUUUCUUGGAUCCGCCCUUUAAAAUCGUUUCCUACGCCAUUCACCAAGGUUUGUAUUCAUUUAUUAAUUUAUUCUCUCACCUUUGCAGGAACGGUACAAAUCGGACUCUGAGGUUGAACAGUCACGUGAUCUCCAUGCGGCUCUGUGUCCCAUUGGGAAAAAGCUCAAAGAUUUAUGUUACGAUUGUAAUGAAACAUAUUAAGGUAAGAACUCUUUGAGGAUACAUAUUUUACAUAUUACUAUAAUGAGGAAAAUAAACCUCGAGUACCUCAAAGGUGCACGAUGAAGUCUUUGAGCAGUUUGACACUAAAUGUCUAUCCCACGCCGUCACUGUCAGUUCAAUGCGCUCCUUAAUAAUGGAGCUGCCAAGAAUUUACUCGGUACUGCUGUACUCAACUGUGAUUCGUUUACUAGGUCCUCAAAGACAAUGAUUUCACAUACUGUGCCUACUGGGACUUUUCUUUGACGUAAGUGGAGGUUUUACUUUCUUUUCUUUUCACAUUAUUCUAGUAACGGUAGUUUCUAGUAAAUGUUGCCUUUCCAAAGUUGUUGUCUAUUUUCCUAACACUCCAUAAGCCGAGUUUUACCUGAAGGUUUUGGUGGCCAAUGUCGUCAAACUCACAAUAUCAUCGUGAAAAGAGUUGGAAAGGCUUCAACUUUUUACCUUUUUUUACUUCUUCCCCCACACCCUGGCCCAGUGUUGUUCAAAACUAAUUGUGUUUGUGCUAGUAAUUGUUCUGUUAUAACCCAACAUUGAAAGGGGUGGAAAGGGGGAGAGGGGGAGGUGGGGGAAGUAUAUUUUUUUGAACAUUUGAUAAACUCUAUAAAAUGACACAAUGAUGCUGUUAAGUUUUUUCUAGUAGACGUUAAAGUGGUCUUAAUUAAGACGUCUUAAACAUUUUAAUCUUCCUAGCAUAAAACAGUCAAUGCCUUGUCCCUAACAAAACACAAAGAAACAAGAAGACAAUUCUUAUUUUGCGAUCCUCAAAAAGGACGAAGAAAACGAACAUGACAUUACAAGGCUAUUCGAUUCUUUAGCUCUAUAGUUAGGGAAUCUCUUUCAUUUAUAAAGUGCUUCAUUGUCAUUUUUGUAGAUUUUCCUUUGUUUGCAACCUUGUGUGUGACAACAAUAAUCCUGACCGUACCGUCGACAACGCCAUUAAACUGCCACGAUUUUUGUUUCGUUGUUCUUAAAGGAGCUAUGUGAGUCACGCUAUUUGCCUUCUUUUUAAAAGCAAAAACGUGUCCUCGCAUCACAUUAAUUACAACAAUUAUGGUCCAGUUUUGUCAUUUAAGACUAUCUUUAAGCAUUUCAACUGUUUCCUGUCAUCUUUUCCGACGGAUGAACAUGGAUUAAAACAAAAGUUGGGCCUACUUUUUCAGGUUUUAAUAUUAUGCUUGCAAAAAUCCCCUUCUUUAUAUAAAAAUAUCUGUCUUCAACCCUCUACAGGAGCAUUUUGUCCAUGGGUAAGGGCACCUAUAGGAAUGACUUCCGCACAUAUUAACUUAAAACAGCAAAAUCUUCUUGACACAGCUCGGCAACGGGAAUUCGAAUUCCUAAAACUAAAAUAUAUUCAAAUCAAUGUACUAAACUAUCCUUACAUUUUCACCAGCACUGUGCAUGGCAAAGGAGCUUGGUCACGUGAUGGAUGUCACGUUAUCACUGAGGGCUCUAACAGAACACAUACAGCGUGCGCCUGCGAUCAUCUCACCAACUUUGCUGUACUUAUGGGAUCUGAGGAAGUCUCGGUAUGUGCUUUUUACAGUUGAAGUUCCCUUACAUACACGGACCUCUCUGAAGUUGACGCGUAUGUACUAUCCGUUUUGAAAACUGCAUGCAUUGCAGUAUAAGGACUGGUCGUGUCAUAAUAAAGUUGGUUAGGUAACGCAUGGUAUCGUUAAUAAAUUGUAUACAAAUUAUACUGUAAUAUCAUGAGUUGAUAAAAAGAGACUUAUAAGAAUAAAAACUGUUGACCAUGAUUUCAACCUUUUGUUCGACAGACUGUUUCUUUGUUUGUUUGUUUUUUUUGUUGUGGUUGUUUUUGAUCAGUUCCACAUGACUUUUAAAAAGCUUCUACUGACUUUAAUUUGUUGAAAUGUUUCUUUUACACCUGCAGCUUUCAGAAGCCAAUCAGUUUGCUUUGAUGCUCAUUACGUACGUGGGUUGCGGCUUGUCCUUACUGGGAUCAGUUGCUGCCAUUGCAUCGCUCGUACUCUUUACGUAAGUCGUCAUUAACGCAUGUACUGUUUUAUUUUUAUUCAGUUUUUUUUUACACAUUUUACGCAUUUCACGCACUGAACAUGAAUCAGAAUGACAGGCUGUAAUGAUUUCUUAAGUUAGGCUAUGUCUUCACUGUAGAACGCUUUCACAUGACGUCACGGCGGCCAUGUUGGUGUUCUAAACCAAUGAAACGGCGGCCAUGUUGGUGUUUCAAACCAACAACGUGGGAGUCGAACUCUUUUCUUAUGUAAACGCUUUCUUUUGUUCCAAUGACUUUGAGUACAUGCAGGUCAUGUGAGUGAAAACGCUCUGUAUCGGAUAGGUUUUCGUGUCGACAACUACAGCAACGGCGCGGGACUAGAGCAAGUUUUGCCUGAGCGGUUGGCCGAGAGGGUAUGGUGCACUUAAUCCCAAUCCUCACUCCUACAUAUUUACUUCCGGUUCAGUGGAUUUGAGGCCUCUUUCCUACUUCUUCACUUGCGCUACGGUUCAAAUACCUGUUCACGCUACACCAAAGUGUGGCACAGAAACUAGGGACUUUAAGAUCCAACCACGCGACGGCUAAAAGAACGUCGCUUAAAAAGUGAAUUUACGUUCUUUCAGUCUUAACAGCGAUUAUUCCUUCCCACUUACUUUGUCAAUUGUAGACGAACCCUCCUGAAGCUGAAUUUCAAGGAACCAUAUUCAAGCUCAGAAAGAGAAAUAAAAUUUCGUCGUUGCUUGUUUACGUUCUCUAUAAAACGCGAAAUUAGGCAUUUUCACGUCGUAGUCGUGCAAAAACGGGAAUGAAAUGUACAAAAAAGUGUCAUGCACGUGCGAAGUUGUUGUUUUGCUUAUUAAACCUACUGUUUUUUUUGACGUUCUCGUUGUCCUCCGCGUCGUUGGAUCUUAAAGUCCCUACUAUUCCAUAUGUGACGCUCCACUCUCGAGAUUGGCUCGGCGCUGCUUCGCUCUGUUGCAAAAAUCGCACCGAAAUCACCGUGAUGGGCUAUAAAUGGUCAAUUUUCAAAUACUUUAGAACAAACUUUAUUAAUUUAAAGCGGGCAUUAGCUUAGGUGAAUUCAAAAUUUGUUUAUCCGACGUGCUGGGUGUGCUGAAGGUAUAAGUCGGUUGGGAAUCAACUCACCACUUGCGAAUCUACCUUUUUGCCUCCCAAUUUUUUUAAACACACUGUCUUCAGGUUAUGCAAUUUUUUGUGGGGAGGAGGGGGUGGGGUACACAAGGUGUAUUGUGGGAAUGCGCAAGUGAUAAAUCGACUUUUCAGACUUUUCGGAUCGAUAUUACAAUGGAAUAUUUCCUAGAGCAACAGAAAUUGUCAAAUAUUAGUCUUGUUUUCCCUGUCGGAAAGUUCCAAACGGACAUCCGUGUUGCAUUUCUUCAAACCAAUCUUUGACACCAGUUUCAGGCUUUUAGGACCGUUUUCGGUGAAUGCAAUUUGUAUGUGUAAACAAUAAACGCAAUUUCAGAUCGUAAUUUGUCAAUCCUUAAAUUUGCUUACCAUUUGCCCAAACUGUGAACCGACCUGUGGUAUUAUUCAAGAAACUAAUGAACCCUAUCCCUUGUCCACAUUGUCUCACCCAUAUUUUCAGUCAGACGGUGUUUUUGUUGUGAUAAAUUCACUAACUUUACUCUUUUCAACAGGCAGCUCAACACAGAUCGUCAUAUAAUACAUGGAAACCUACUUAUCUCCAUAGCAAUCUCUCAGACCAUAUUCUUAGCUGGCAUCGAACAGACCAGGAAUAAGGUAUAUAUCACAUAUAUUUAAGACUCAUUUAUAUUUUGAAUCAGGUUAUUCUCUCGUUUCUCUCAAGAAUUAGCAUUAGUCAUCAUGCGACUCAGUGGUAGAAGUGUUUUCCUUAUGUGGCAGCUUAGCGUUUCUUAAGAUGGCUUUCGAUAUCAUGCAGUAGGACAACUCAAGUUAAGGAAAGAGGAAGAAAUAUUCUUCCUAUGUAGGAAAGACGUCCUUUUAUCUUGAUAUUUACUGGUACGUGUAUCAUACCAACGCUAAACAAUAACUAUGGGCUUUCGUUACGUUUUGUUCCGUUUUUUUCUUUCUCCAUGAAUAGCUCCAAUGUACAGCAAAAAUGUUUCAUUAUUUUUACCUCGUGAUUUCCUCAUUUUUUGAUAUUUACUGGUCCGUGUACCAUACGAAUUCUAACCAAUAGCCAUAGUGUUACGUUUCCUUUUGUUCUGUUAUUAUUAUUAUUAUUAUUAUUAUUUUUAUUAUUAUUACUAUUAUUAUUAUUAUUAUUAUUAUUAUUAUUAUUAUUAUUAUUAUUAUUAUUAUCAUCAUUUAUUUAUUUUUAUUUUUUGUAGCUCCAAUGUAAAUUUACAGCGAUAAUGCUUCAUUAUUUUUACCUGGUGACAUUUGGCUGGAUGCUGUGUGAAGGGCUCCAUAUUUACUCCAUGGUUAUUAAGGUGUUCAACGUUUCAUCGAAAAUAUACCACUACACUGUGCUAGCUUGGGGUAUGUAUGCUAGAGCUAUCUUCAGUUUUAGUGGAUAGAAAAUUAAGAUUGUAUAAUACCAAGGGGGUAGUGCCCCUUCAAACUCUCUUGAUAUUUAGCAAUUAUCGAAUGAGGUUGAGUAGCAUGCGAAGAAUUGUGCAGACCGUGGCGGAUGGUUGUCCACCAAGGCUGAAAACAUCCUCCGAGAUCAUCAUAUAAAAGCCGAAUUCAAUAUUUGUUUUAUUAUUCAUUUCGAAAUAUUUCAAAGGUCUUAACAAGCUUGCCUUCUUGUUCGAUUCUCGUAGACUUUCUUUAAAACUUUGGCCUAUUUCUCUGCGAACGGCUUGCUGCAUUCUGAUUGUCUGUUUUCCUAGUGAGGCGUCAUUCAAAAUACUUUUCAUUCCGUGGCUCUUUCUGACUACGUCUUUCACUUUUUUAAAGGCGUUCCAGCAUUGAUUGUUAUGAUAUCUGUUGCAAGCAGAUACUCUGAUUAUGGGACGAAAACCAGGUAAACAGUACAGUUAAUAACUACAUUUUGCAGAUGCCUUUACGUCCUGGUUAUUUUAGCGGCAAACGUUUUGUUACAUUUUGCUUUUAGUUGCUGGAUUUCAACAGAAGGAAACACUGUACUUGCCUUUAUCAUUCCUGUGACUGGAACUAUUUUGGUAAGUUUGGAGUUUUUUGAAAUGGUUCUUUAGACAUUAAUAGAGCGCUUUCAGGGGCGUAUCCAGCCUAUAAACCUGUAGGCCCGGGCCUACAAAUUUUUGGUUUGAUCACUCUACCUCUUGAUACAAAUUAUGCGUUUUGGGGCAGAGCUAAAAAGCAUAAGAGGUCAAAGUGUUGGUGAGGACCGUACAGGCCUACAACUAGUCGACAAGCUGGCUACGCCCCUGGCUUUAUUCCUUGAUCAUGAACAACAACGGAGUUACCAAAGAGACACUGGUUAGAGGCGACAAAUACAAACCACAGUGAAGAGAUGGGCUUCCUAGGGGUUCGGAGGAAGGGGGGGAGAAGUAGACACCGAGAAGACUUUCGAAAAGUCCUUCCUCCUAGUAAGUAUGGCGAGGGCUUACCCUAAGCGGCCUAAAAAGCCCGCUCAGCUCAGCUUUUUCUGCGGUGAAACUCGUGAGGAUGACUUGAGGCAAUAGAAGCCAGGGAAAUGGCUAUGUGCUUCUGGAAAACAAAGGAUAUCUUGUGAUAACUCCAGGAAAUUCCGGAAGAACUUUAAAUUUUUUUUUCUUGAAACAGGCCUUAGGAUACAUUGAUUUUCCAACUUGGAGGAAUAUCCAUUCCACAUUCCAUCCCUCAACCAACCCUCUCCUGAGAGGACCUCACUGAAAAGCGUUAUUUUUUAUGACUUUUUUUCUUUUUUUUUUUUGACUGAAAAGCGUUAUUAGUUUUUAUUAUUAUUAUUAUUAUUAUUAUUAUUAUUAUUAUUAUGAUGAUGAUGAUGAUGAUGAUGAUGAUGUAAAAUUUAGCACAGGGUUUUUCCCUGGGGAGAAAUACAGACUUCCAGCACCUUUCUGAGGAUAUGUGCCGAUCCGAGGAGUGCCGACUUUUGCAUCGUUCUUGUUCGGUUUUUAAUUCCUAGUUGCUCCAAGUGGCCUGCCAGCUUCUUUGGCACCACUUUUGUCCUUGAUUUCCAGAUCCUUUGAAUCUCUCUUGCCAGGUCUUGGUAUUUUUCAUUAUUAUUAUUAUUAUUAUUAUUAUUAUUAUUAUUAUUAUUAUUAUUAUUAUUAUUAUUAUUAUUAUUAUUAUUAUUAUUGUUAUUAUUGAUAUUAUUUCCUUUACUUUCGAACAAAACGACUAUCAUACGGAAAAAUGCAUGAAGUCGUUGAAUUCUAAUGCCAGGUCACAAUUGUAACAAGAGACAACAUGUAGACGAGCCUCAGGGCUGUAUCCUGACAUUUCGUCACAUGAAUCGACUGACGUCACAUGACAAAUUCGAUCGAGAAAAGCAAAGUGAUAACGCAAAAGCAUGUAAGAAAUGACUGCCUUAACGGACUCAGAAGAAGAACUUCAUAAAUUCUGUGCUCCUCUUUGUAUGUUUGCUUUCAAAGUGAGACCUAAAACGUUACGUUUUUCGUUCUGUAACAUUUAUUUUGAUUUUAUUGUAAUUCAGGCAAACCUCGUGAUUUUAGCGCUGGUGUUAAAGGAGAUUUGUCGUCUACAGACAUCACAAAGAACAUGUAUGAGUGAAAUCGUCAGGUAACAGGGUUACUUUGUUUAUCAGCCUAUUUACGAAGCGUGUACACGACAAAGAAAUAAGUAAACAAAUUUUGUGUAGGGGAGAAAAAGAGGCAGAUAGUUAAUGGGGAAGAUGGAGAUUAGUACAGGGGCACACAAAUGUUUCCAGAUACAACAUCAGAAGUAUCUCGAAAUGUUUUCUCCCUGAUUUAGGAGCCUGUUUGGCUAAUUUGGAGUUACCUCCAAAUUUCUUAAGCAGUGUUCGGAUGUCUUAAGGGAACAUCAUUCGUCGCCUCGAAAGUUUUAAGUAGCUUUUUCGUUUGUCACAUCCAAAAGUGUUAGCAACCUUGAUGGGUCCGGUAAAAAGUUCGUGGACAUAGAGUAGCCAUAUUUUCAUAAGAUUCUAGGUUACGUUUUGUCUUUACAUAGAAGUUUUCAGGGAACCUUUAAUUUUUUCAUACUAAUCGCGAUAUCUUGGUAAUAAAAUGAGAAAAACACUACCUCCGAAAAUCGUAGGUAAGUUAGUAAAAAUACCGAACGGUUCUCUAGAAAUUUUCAGCCUUUCUCGAGAUUCAGAAAUUUCUAGGCUAGGCCGGUUCCUGAUCAGGAGUACAAAGAAACUAGCGUGGGUGAUUCAUUUCGUUGUUAUGGCAACUCCGAUAUCAUUGUAACCCUGAUCAUAACAAAUUUUCAUCUUAAUCUAAUACAGCUGUGGUGAAAAUUUUUCCAAAUCUUGGUUAAUGGCGACGUAAUAUUGCUCAAACGUGGGACGUAUUGAGCCUGAAAAACCCCAUCGGUCACCUUAAGGUGGCCAAUUCACCUUAUAUCUGGCCUCCCAUGCAGACGGUUUAGGGCCUCGUCGCGCCAGUGGGAAAGGAACGCGUGCAUGGGAGGCUAGGUAUGGGAGGCUAGGUAUCCUCUUAACUUAGAGAAAAGAAGAAAAAAGUAAAAAAAAAGUCUCUUGACGAAGCCUUACUAAUUUAGAGAGGUAGGAACCUUAUUGGCCAUUUCAGAGUUGCGUGGGGAACUAGGGGGAGUUUCAAAUUUAAACUAAUCGAUAAACUAACACUACCAUAUAAAAGGUCAUGUCGAGAUUGGUUAUUUGACCAAGUUUGGUGCUCUGAGGUUGAACAGGGAUCACGUUAUGACUCUUGAAACAUGGUUAAAGAGCCAUACAAACCUCUGUAAUUUUGUGACAGCUUCCCCCAAAACCAUAUAAACUCUUAAUUUGUUUCACCAUUUCGGUGAUAUUCCUGAAAAUGGGCAAACAUAGUGAUUUUGGAAUUAUUUCCUUCCAAGUAGUAGAUGCAUGACGAAUUCUACAGUUUAAAAGAAAAACUGAAAACUAUUUUAAAGAGUUUAUAUGGUUUUUGACUUUUGGGGGACGAUACAAUUGUCACAAAAUUUCAGACGUUUGUAUGGAUCUGUAACCAUGUUUCAAAAGUCAUAACUUUAUCCCUGUUCAACUUUAAUUAGAGCACCAAACGUGGUCAAAUAGCCAAUCUCAACACGAACUUUUAUAUGGAGGUGUCAUCAGUUUAUCGAUUAGUUUAAAUUUGAAACUCGCCCCAGUUCCCUACGCAACUCCGAAAUGGCCAUAAACUCGAAUAAAAGACGGUGAGGGAAUUGGAUAAUAACGAGUGCUGACGCAUUUGUUUCUCCAACAAUUGUAAAUUUAAUCUUAUUUGUAUGGCAAAAGUAGGCUUUUUAUAAUCUUAAAUGCUUAUCCAAUUGCAAUCGAUGUCCCUUUAUUAUUGUAAAUUAAAACAGUUUUGUUUUACCUUAAGUAUUUUUUCAUUACUGUUUUAGAUCCACUAUCAAGUCACUCGUGGUUCUUUUCCCUCUUCUUGGUAUCACCUGGUUAUUUGGCCUGCUGGUGUUUGCCACACAUGAUGUAACAAUUCAGUAUUUAUUUGCCUUGUCUAACUCAUUACAGGUACAUUUAAUUAUUUUAUUUACACUUAAUAAAAACUUAAACAGAGCCACACGCCUUGAAGGCGAUGUUGGCACGAGUAGCGAGACAAGACUCCUACAUUCUACUACGUUAGUUAUCGCACUUUCUGUAUAACCUGUAUCUAUGUGUAGAUUUAGACUCGCUUUGGUAUCUUUUUCAGUUUUUGUAAGUAAGUUUAUCAAACUAAAUGUUUUGGAAAGAACGCAACUGGUCACAAAGCAUUUCAGGGCGUUUUCAGGGGCAGGGGGAUGCAAAUAAAAUCAGUCUCUGUCACUAUUCUCUGUCUUCAUAUAUACUUCUACACAGGUGUUUUGGACGAAUCGUGUUCUCCUCCCUAAAAAAUACGCGCUUGCCCACAAGCGAUAUUCCUGUUUCUGUGGUUUAGCCAAUCUCGUUUCGACUCCCAAACUUUAGAAGCUUUGACCUUGGCAUAUCCCACACAAGGAUGGGGGAGCUUUGUGGGCAUAUCCCAAAAGGCGUUUUUAGGAAAAAAACGUUUUUCCUUCAAACGUCUGUGUCGGAGGGAUAUGUUUUGUGUUUGGUCAACCUGCCUUACCAGGCACAUGUCCAUUUGUUUUGAUUAUGCACUGCUAAGAAAAGCGCCACCGAAUGGAAUUUUGCUUAUCGAUUGUUCAUUCCUGUUUUAGCUAAAAAGAUAUAUAUAUAUUUUUCUUUUUAGGGCUUCUUUAUUUUCCUUUUGCAUUGUCUUUUUAAUUCAGAGGUAAGUAGCAACUUAACAGUGGUGCGGUGACACUCAGAGGUCUUAAUCUUUAUUACUUCCACUAAAGCACAAAUUAUGUAACCAGCAUACGAGAACAGGAUCAGAGUAUCUACUAUAGACGACCACAGCAAACUAAAGUUGAUUAGGUUAUGUUUACUUAGUAAUAAUCUAUUAAAUAAUUCAGAAUCGACUGACUGACUAAAUGAGAUAUUUCUAACUGAAGUAGUAGUCUACUAGAAGCCUAGAAACUGUGAGCUUGAUUUGAAUCACGGGAUAUUGUAAAACAUGUUUGCUGAUUAUCAUGGAGUUUUGGGUAAAGUUUGUCUGCUAAGUUUUGAUCUCUUGUAUCAAGUGCCAUCCUCUGGAAUCGUUACAUGGGGACUGACUAGUACGAGCGAUGAACCUUAACAGCAGAAAGAAGUAACAUCAAUGUCACGUUUCUUUAGAUUCGUAAGACCUUUAAGCGCAAGAAAGAAAUCUGGAAGACUCUUAAAGUGUUUGCUUACUUCCGCAAGCGGAUAUUUGCCACCUCCGUUGUACCUGUAGGUCAUCGCAGUUCUCUUACAGAUAAAGUUGCCACAUUCAAGGUAAGCUGUGUUAAAUAAAACGCCUUCUUCCAGUGGCUAGCUACGUGAAGCUGAUCAAAUAGUUGUCCUGACCAAGAGAAUGUUAUAGUAAAGAAGAUUAAAGUGGGUUAAAUUAAAUACAUAUAAUGCAUGCGUAAAAAGAAAAUGCGCGAACGGGACCCAAUAGGCCAGCGUAAGGCGUUUCAAGUAAAGUAAACACAACUUUACAGAAAACUGAUUGAAAAGAAAUAGUAUAACUAUGAACUCAAGGCGCCAUUCAGGUAAAAUAACUUAUUUCUCAUCAGGGAAGUGCAUUCUCUAUAAGUAACAGAAAACUAUAGUCAUAUUUUGAAGCAAGAGUCCGCACCACAAGGAUACAAACGUGCAUAAAUAGCUCGAUCAACAUGUACAACUUGCUCCUUUCGGGGCACUCUAUAGGACGGACGCCUUUCUAAAAAGGACACCUGGGCAGUUGUGCAAACGUUGGAUAGCGCUAUCCACUGGAUAAAUUACUGUCCAGUGGAUAGACCAAUGGGAGACCAAUUGCGUUAUGCUGGAUAGAGAUUUAUCAUGGAUAGCGUUAUCCAACGUUUGAACAUCUGAGGCCUGGAGUUAGCCCCUGGCGGCUGCUCUCCGAUCCACUUAGAGCAACCCUCAGUGCUGGGGCUAAACUAAAAUAAUGUAAAAGCUCUUUCUUUUAUGUCAAUAACUUGAAAUAGUCAUCAGUCUGACUAACAAAUCCCAAGGCCUAUGGUGCGCUCAUUUAACCCCCCCCCCCCCCCCCCACCCCCCCCCCCCCCCCCCCCCCCCCCCCCCCCCCCCUCCUCGCCCUCCCCUCCCCGCUCUUCAUGACACUUCCUGCUCUAGUAUACCACGAGCAACACACACACCACUCACCACUGAUACCCCUAAAAAAAAAAACGAAUCACUUGUCCAAGGCCGCGCACCAACCAACUGUGGUAUCCUUGUUCCUGUGCUAACCCCUGGCUAGUGGGUUAGAGAGAGUUGUGCCUACUACACGAUUUGAAAAACAUGAAUACACCAAUCAAGCUUGCAUUUGUUUGAUUGUCUCUCCUAGGUGACGUCAGAGCAGUGA